AUGAAUCCCGCAUCGGAUAUGUCGGGGAUGAACGUCUUGGGUUUGCUAUCAAACCCCAGCUCAAAAGCGUCUCACGCUCACCCUUAUGCCUCUUCGAUCUCCUCCUCCGCCUCCUCCUCUUCCUCAUCCGUCUUCUCGCUCGAUGCACAGAGUUCUAUCUCCUCUACCGCCACAAACCCGGUCGAUGUGAUCUGGGAAAAUGAUGAGACUUCGGGGAGAACCUCGGGAGGUUCUCGUGUCUUUGGUAAGGUAGUACCUUCCAAAGAUGCCGCUGUGCCGCCUGAGUUGCGCAUGCACCCUCGGCGCACUAACAGUGCCGCGACCUCUGGUCCCGGUGCUCGUCCACCACCCUGUCUGCUCCGCCAGUCCGAGCGAAAAGUGAAUUUUGUCGAUAACCUCGUCGAUACGGCGUCCCAGAUUGUCGAGAACAUCUGGCCGUUGUCGGCCGCAGCGUCCCGUAGUGAUGCUGCGACUGGAUCCAAGGGAGUUCUUCCCCUGCGGACGUUUAUUCAAGAAACGCUUCGUCGCUCGCGUACUAGCUACAGUACUUUGCAGGUGGCACUCUACUAUCUUAUCAAGAUCAAGCCGCAUGUGCCUGCCCACGACUUCACUAAGGAACAGCCCCGUGACCAGUCGAUGAUGCGGGCCAUGCAGUGUGGUCGUCGUAUGUUUUUAGCGGCGCUGAUUUUGGCUUCGAAGUAUCUGCAAGACCGCAACUACUCCGCCCGGGCCUGGAGCAAGAUCUCCGGCCUGAAUACCCUGGAAAUUAAUCAGAAUGAGUUGAUGUUUCUGCAGGCGGUUGGUUGGCGUUUGCAUAUCUCUGAGGCUAUGUUCCAGCGCUGGACUGACCUCGUUCUCAAGCUGACUCCCGGUGCCGGUGGUCCUCCUGCAAGUGAGGGCCAGUGCUGGCGUACCGUCCUCCCCCGGUUAACCCCCGAGUUGGAGACGAUCGAACCGGAGCAGCCUAUGACCCCGGUCUCGGCCAUGGGCGGCAUGGAUUUGAGCGCCUUGUCAGAAUCCCCGUCCCCGCGCAGUGCCGGUAACGAGUACUUCCGUACGCCUCCACGCGAACAGAUGCCUUGUCGCAAUUUGCCCCGGACUCUAGAGCCGACUUUGCGAAUGGACUAUACGAUGCCAACCCUGCCGCGUCCUACCAUGCUCCCGACUCCCCAGAUGACCCCUCAGUCGCAUGUGGCCCACACUCCUGCCGCGAGUAUGGCUGCAUGCCCCCGUCGCUCCUCUAUCGGUACGGCGAUGUCUCAGGCACAGAACCUGAGUUUGGCGCGCUCGACUCUUGAUCAGCGCCCGCCUCUCUCGUUCUACCCUCGGACUAACUCGUACGAUGGAUACUCAGUUCGGCGGUCCUCUCUGGCUCGGUCAACCUCCUCUGCUUCGUCUCCGGACUCGAUGGUGUCGGAUGUGUCGACCCUGUCGUCCCGUUCUUCGCGGUCCUCGUCCGUAUCUUCGAAUGCGUCGGGAGCAGGAGUGUGUGCUCCUCCGGCUCGGUUAGCUGUCAAGGCUACUAUGCGGUGUACUAACAAGUCCCUAAAGGAGAGCCGUCAGACCCUUGCUAUUGCUUCUCCUAUCGACGAGAGUUCCCUAGUGAAUAUCUACAGCUCUCCCGAUUCUUACUCGGGUGCUACUAGCUCUGCCCCGGAUCUUUCCAGCUACUCACUGGACUCCAGUCUGAGCGAAGCCGCUCAAAGCCUAUGCGAACUGUCCAGCGCUACACCCGAACGGCGCCAGUGCCGCAAACGCGGUCGUACCGGAUCAGACGACAUGCUUCUUCAGAACCAUGUUCGGCAUCUGAUCGACGCAGGCGCAUCGGGUCACUCCUCGAUUCUGCCCGAUGGACACCUAGCCAGUUCAUUCCUGGUCGGAGAUGGUCUCUCUGGACCAGCUGGCAUCAAACGGGCCUGCUGCGGCAGUGAAGCGCGCAAAGUCGCCUUGAACCCCAGCCUACGCGCGGACUUCCUGAACUGA